AUGUCCUCCCACUCUAACCGCACAUGCGCGGCUCUGGGAGCGCGCAGCACGGCGAUGCGUUGUGUCCCCCGGACACUGCGGAUCACCGAUCAACGGAAAGAUGUCGGCUCGGUCAUGUGAUCAGCUGUGUCAAAUCACAGCUGAUCGCUGAUGAUAAGUGUGCCCUGAUGAUCAGUGUAGCCCCAGCAGUGCUACCUGUCAGUGUCCAUCAAUGCCAGCUGACAGUGCUUAUCAGUGCCACCUGCCAGUGCCCAUCAGUGCCUCAUCAAUGCCACAUAUCAGUGCCCAUCAGUUCACAUCAAUGCCACAUAUCAGUGCCCAUCUGAACUGCCUUUCAGUGUCAUCUAUCAGUGCCAGUCAGUGCCACCUAUCAGUGCUGCCAAUCAGUGCCGCCUAUCAGUGCCACCUAUCAGUG